CACAGUUCUCUUCACAACUGGUGUUUGGUUAACCUCGUCUACUAACUUACACGUAGCAAAAUCUAAACACAAACUACAACAAAAUGAAGGUUUUCGUUUGCAUCUUAGCUGUGGUGGCCACAGCCCAAGCAGGUUUUCUGGGCCUUGGCGGCGGUAGCGGUGGCGGCGGCGGCGGCUACUCUUAUGGUGGAGGUGACGGCGGUCACGGUGGACAUGGUGGUUUUGAUGGCGGCUACGGUGGCGGUCACGGAGGUCACGGCGGUGGCGGCGGCGAAGUGAAAAUCAUCAAGAUCAUUAGCGACGGCGGAGAUGGUGGUCAUGGCGGACAUGGUGGACACGGUGGCUUCGAUGGCGGCUACGGUGGCGGUCAUGGCGGACAUGGUGGUCAUGGCGGUCACGGUGAUGGCGGCUUCAAUGGUGGAUUCGGAACCAGCGGUGAAUUGAAAAUCGUGAAAGUCAUCAGCGGAGGCGGCGGCGGCGGCGGCGGUCAUGGAGGUCAUGGUGGAUACAGCGGCGGUGGUGGUCAUGGCGGUCACGGCGGAUACAGCGGCGGUGGCGGUCAUGGCGGACACGGUGGCGAUAUUAAAAUCAUCAAGGUCGUGCAUGAGGAAGGCGGCGCUGGUGGCUUCGAUGGCGGUUACGGUGGCGGUCAUGGCGGUCAUGGUGGUUUCGAUGGCGGCUACGGCGGCGGUCAUGGCGGCGGAGUCGGCGGUGGCGGUGGCGGCUACGGAGGUGGUGGCUACAGCGGGGGUGGCGGCUACGGAGGUGGUGGCUACGGCGGUGGCGGCUACGGCGGUGGCAGCGGUUCCAACGUACAAGUCAUUAAAGUUAUAGCCUCCGGUGGUAGCGGAGGUGGUUACGGUGGUGGCGGCGGCUACGGCGGCGGUGGCUACAGCGGUGGUGGUUGGAGUGGAGGUCAUUCCGGCGGCUACAGCGGAGGUGGUGGAUACGGCGGUGGUGGUGGCUAUGGCGGCGGUAGUCAUUCCGGCGGUGGUGUCCAAGUCAUUAAAGUAAUCGCAGCAGGCGGUCAUGGCGGCGGCGGCUACAGUGGUGGCGGUGGAUACAGCGGCGGUGGCGGUUAUGGCGGCGGCGGCUACGGCGGUGGUGGCCAUUCCGGCGGCUACAGCGGAGGCGGCGGCUACGGCGGCGGUGGUCAUUCCGGAGGCCAUGUCGAUGUCUACAAAGUUAUAUCGGUAGGAAGUUCCGGCGGCGGUGGUGGUUACGGAGGUGGCGGCUAUGGCGGCGGCGGUUAUGGAGGUGGCGGCUAUGGUGGCGGCGGCUGGUCUGGUAGUAGUGGCAGUAGCGGAGGCUGGGGCGGUUGGGAUAGAAAGAAGUAAGUAAGCUGCCGCUCAGCAACAACUACAAAUUAAGUUUCCUGCAAACCGUUAAGUGAUUUUCUGAAUCAAAAUGAUUUGAUGCACUGCCAUUAUUUAAGUGCUUCGAAGGUCAAGGUCGAAGCGCUGAGAAUAUUUAAUGUACAAUUUUUUUUAAAUGAAAAAAGAGUGAUAACGAAUUAUAGUAUAGAGUGUAAAAGAAUGAAAGAGACAAAACAAUAAAUAAAAAAUAAAAAAUAA